UGCCAGUGAGUAAUGGCUGUAGUCUGAACUCUGACGCACCAUUGCACAGUUAGGGUCUUUGAGAUUUCUCCAAUAUAGUUGUUAUAAGUUGAAAUUCUAGUAAAAAGUUUUGUCAAUUUUAAGUGUAAAGCUUGUAGUUGAGACUGCUAUUGACAUGAGUGCCAACGAGAACAAGAAUGAAACCAGCGAGAGAAAAACUGAAGCCAACGAGAAAAAUAAUGAAGCCAACGAGAAAAAUAAUGAAGCCAACGAGAACAAAGCUAAAGCCAACAAGAGAAAGAAAAGAGGUGGUGAUGGCAAAAAACCGGUAUAUGGAGGAUGUGAAGGUCCAGAUGCAAUGUAUAUCAAAUUGAUUUCAAGCGAUGACCAUGAAUUCAUUAUAAAACGAGAACACGCUAUGACUUCUGAAACAAUCAAAGCCAUGUUGAGCGGUCCUGGACAAUUUUCUGAAAACCAAACCAAUAUGAUCCACUUCAAAGAUAUACCGUCACAUGUUUUGAAAGUCAUAUGUCUGUACUUUGCAUACAAAUUGCGUUACACAGACAGCUCUUGUGAAGUACCAGAAUUCCCGAUUCCUACACAGAGUUCAUUGGAAAUACUGAUGGCUGCCAACUUUUUAGAUUGUUAAUACCCAAAUGUAUCCAAUCUGAAUAGUCCCAAUGUAGUUUAAUAAUGUAGUUUUUUUUAAUCUUACAUUAACUUUACAAGUUCUUGACUAUUCUAUACAAUAUAUUCAUUUUUAUAUUUCCGUCAAGUUGGGUAACUUAUGAACUGGUACGCUUAUUUUAAAAUGCCAACAGGUGCACCACCUUCCAGGAUGGGAAUUAGAAAUUAAAAUGGUGCACUCGAAUAAAUUUACUAUAAUGACUAUGCAGAUCAUGUUUUAUUAGAAAAAAAUAUUUUGAUUCGUUAAAUUUGACUUAAACUAUUUUUUCUCAUAAUAUUUAUUAAACGUUGGUGAUCUAAAUUACCCAAUUUGACCAUAACUUUUAUUCACAGUAUAAUUCAUAUAAAAUAUA